AUGGCUGUGUACUAUGCGAACCGCAACCUCACGCCGGAUCAGAGCGACCAGUGGCCAAUGAGUUUCCCACCGUUGCCACCCUCUGAAUAUGAUCGCUUUCUUGGCUGGUCUAUGCUGGGGAUGGGUUUAGCCAGCUCAGAGCCUGUCCCUCCACCGCAGAACGCUCAAAUGGAGUAUGCAGAUGUCUCAUCGACCGAGACGUACAGCCUCGACACAACUAAAGACUUCUGGUAUCCUUCAGGCUACCCGAAUGCCAUUGGCACGACUGGGUAUCAUACACCUGGGCCGAUCAGCGACCCUCAAGCUGCUAUAUACCCAGAGCAUGAACAGAGAGGUAUCAACGAUGGAACACCUUCUACUACGUACCAACAUCCGCGUACGGACGCUCCUCAGCAGUCUAUGCGAAAGGCGAAACGCCCAUCACUUAGCCCCAAGUCGCAUCCAGAGCCCCGCAUGGCAACACCCAUUCGACCCAAGCCAAUGCCGAAAAAACGGUCAUCGCAAGACAGCACCGCAUCACAGCGUAGGCGGUCAAUAUCGUCAGACAGCAAGGAUGAUGAUCCCAACAUCUGCAUGCUGAGGAAGAAGGCACAUAACCAGGUGGAGAAGUGUUAUCGUGCAAACUUGAAUGCAGGGUUUAAACAGCUCGAAGAUGUCACUAAGCAAGACUCCACGACCGCAACGAGUGAUACCAAGAUGGCGAAGGGCUUGAGACCGGGCCGCAAAGCUUUGAUUCUGCAACACGCCUAUGAGCACAUCGUCUGUCUUCAGGCUGAGCUUCGGUCGUUGCAGAAGAGGCUUGGUGAACGGUAA